GUCAACACUUCCCGUUCACAACCUUGCCUCAAGGUUCAGCCCCAACAUAUUCUUUCCAUCAGCUUGCUUAACUAUAAUAUUCGAUAAUUAUCAUACAUAACUUCUCAUUUGCCCUUUCUUUGCUCACCCAUCCGCUGGAUUAACCACGUCUGAAUCUAAUCGACUUCAUCACCAUUCACCAACUCGAACCACCAACCCGAACCAUCAUCACCACCAAAACAACAACAACAACAAGCAACAAUGCCCCCCCUCCCCCACCAACACGUCCCCCGCCUCAUAACCUACUACCAAACCCACCACACCCCCUCCGGCGACCACAUCUCCGUCCUCCCCUUGCUCCAAAAACCCGGCAUCCAUCUCACCCACCUGAUCCUAGCCGCCAUCCACAUCAACUCCGACCCCGAAGGCAUCACCCUGAACGACCAUCCGCCCUCACACGAACGCUUCACAACACUAUGGGCCGAGCUCCGCAUCCUUCAAGCCUCAGGCAUCAAAGUCCUCGGCAUGCUCGGCGGCGCAGCCAAGGGCAGCUUCGCACGCCUCGAUGUCCCUGCUGAUCCAGACUCCCCCAACGACAAGACGGCUUUGGACCGUUUUGAGCUUUACUACCAACCCCUUUGCCGGCUGAUCAAAGAGCGGGGGCUAGACGGCCUAGACCUGGACGUCGAAGAAGAGAUGUCCCUUUCGGGAGUAAUCCACCUGAUCGACCGCCUCCGCAAGGACUUUGAGCCGGACUUCCUCAUCACCCUCGCACCCGUAGCGGCCGCGAUGUUGAACCCACGACACAACUUAUCGGGAUUCGACUACGAGGCGCUGGAGGUGAUGCGCGGUCGCGAAAUCGCGUGGUACAACACGCAGUUCUACUGCGGGUGGGGGGAUUGUAGUAAUCCGGUCAUGUAUGAGAUGAUGGUGAUGAAAGGGUGGGCACCGGAGAAGAUUGUUGUGGGUUUAAUCACGAACCCGGAGAAUGGCGGGGGGUGGGUGCCGUGGCGGGCGCUGGCGGGCGUCCUGCCGCUGCUGGUAGGGCGGCAUCCAAGGUUUGGGGGUGUGAUGGGGUGGGAGUACUUCAAUAGCCUACCCGGGUCAAGGGAGAGGCCGUGGGAGUGGGCGCAGGUCAUGACGGCGCUGUUGAGGGGGAGGCAAGCGUCGGACGCGGGCGCGCAGCUGCUGGUUGGGUUGGGGGCUCCUUUGCAUCUUGAUGUUGCACAGCAGCAGCACCAGCAACAAGAACAACAACAACAACAAGCAAAACAGCGUCAACAAACCGAACAACAAGAGAAGGAAGGAGGAGUGGCUGGGCUAGUGGACAAGGACGAAGUGGACGCGCCCAUUGCAGUGCCCAAUUCGUUUGACUACCACACUGAUGCAGAAGAUGAGGAUGAGUAGGUAGAGACACGAGGCAGACCUUACACUACAAGACCAAAGCGUUCGAUUCCCAACAACGCCAACGGGAUCACAUGUGAAGAAAACUCUGUUUGAUGGCAGCACGGGGUCUACCGGUAAACGGCGUGUAAAUCUUUACAGAACCCGUCUU